CUUCUCGCUCCUCUCAAUCCACUCUUCUCAGGCCUUCUCGAACCCAUCUCGAGGCGCGAAGGCCCAGUGGCGUGGACCCCAAACUGCGAGCCGCACCCGAGAUUCCUCUGGCUUGCCCUUCAACAGCCUAUCCGAGCUCUAUUGCCGGUCUCGACCGUAACAUGUGAGGUGGCACGGCCAACGAAGCAGCCCGUGUUUGAUGAGUGGUGUGGUUAGGUUCCCCUAAACCGCACCAUGUCUUCUCCAGGACUCCACACCCCAUAAGCCCCAACAUGGGCCACCAUAGCCGAAAAAUGCCUAAGGGACAGUGGCGGGGACUGGUAUCGGACUUACAAUGCUGCUACCCUCACGAAUGCUUUCGGAAUGCUCUGAGCAUCUUCAGUCAUCCCACAUGAGUGAUAGAGUCUAUAAAGAGCGUCCUGUCCCCCGGUGUAAAGAUGAAUCGUAGGGAAACAGACAAGUCCAAACCUCGCCAUCGCGGCCUUCUUUUUGUUUCCUGACAUCUCGAUCUAUCAUUCACUUUACUUGAUCAACAAUGGCGGAUGCACGAUCGACCUCAUCCCUCGAAGAGGGCAAGUCCCCAGAAAAGGGAGACGCCGUCCGCAUCGAGCACUCGGCUGAACUGGCCGAUUUGCCAGAUAUCGAUGCUGGCAAGACUCCAGAAGAAAGAGCCGCCAUUGAUCGCAAGUUGAUGUGGAAAGUCGAUCUCUGGUUGAUUCCAUGGCUUUGUCUUUUGUAUCUCUUGUCUUUCCUUGAUCGAACAAACAUUGGCAACGCACGCCUGGCAGGCUUGGAGACUGAUCUGAACAUGGGUGGCCAUGAUUAUAACAAUUCCUUGACUAUCUUCUUCAUUAGCUAUGCUAUUGCUGAACCCAUCACCAAUGUGCUCCUCAAGAGACUUACUCCCCGUUACUUUUUCACUGGAAUUAUCCUUUCGUGGGGAGUGAUCAUGACGCUCAUGGGGUUGGUCACCAGCUACGCCGGUCUUUUAGCCUGCCGAUUCUUUUUGGGCCUCGCCGAGGCCGGACUCUUCCCAGGAGUCAACUACUACCUCAGCUGCUGGUACAAGCGCAGUGAAUUUGGUAUUCGAGCUGCUGCUUUCUUCUCCGCCGCCGCUCUUGCUGGCUCAUUCGGUGGCCUUCUCGCUGCGGCGAUUGCCACUAUGGAUGGCAUUGGUGGGAAACCUGGUUGGGCCUGGAUCUUCAUUAUCGAGGGUAUCGCUACCGUCUUUGUUGGCAUCUUCUGCUGGUGGAUGGUCUUUGAUUGGCCCGACACCGCUAGAUUCCUCACCCCUGAGGAUAGGAUUCGAAUUCGCCGACGAUUGGCAGAAGACAAGCAAGCUUCGACUAACGAAGAGUACGACAAGCGCCAUAUCUACGCCGCUCUGAAGGACUGGAAGACAUAUCUUUUUGCCCUAAUCUACCAGGGCUGUCUGAUACCGCUUUACGCGUUCUCCCUGUUCCUGCCAACUAUUUUGCGAGGUAUGGGCUAUACUGGAACCCACGCUCAACUUCUCUCCGUUCCCCCAUAUGCCUGCGCUGCUGUUUUGACCAUCCUUGUCGGCUGGACAGCUGAUCGAGCGCGCUUGCGAGGUUAUUUCAAUUGGGCUAUUUCGUCACUUGGCAUAAUCGGUUUCUGCAUGCUUAUCGGCUCUCAAAAUCCUCAGGUUCAAUAUGCCGGUACGUUCCUCGGCGCCAUGGGAAUCUAUCCUUGUAUCCCUAACACGCUCGCCUGGGUCGCCAACAACACCGACGGCGUCUAUAAGCGAGGCGUCGUGAUCGGCAUCGUCGUUGGAUGGGGCAACUUGAACGGCAUCGUUUCUUCCAAUAUCUACCUUAAGCAAGACGCCCCCCACUUUUACAUCGGCCACGGAGUCGUCCUCGCCGCCCUCAGCAUCCUCCUCCUCGGCGGCAGCGUUCUCAUGCAUUUCCUUUUGAGAAGAGAAAAUUCAAAGAGACUCUCCGGACAGCGAGACAACAUGUUCGAGGGCAAGACUGUCGACCAGAUCUGGGUUGCCGGCGACAAGAGACCCGACUUUAUUUACACCCUUUAAAUGAACAACUUUUCGUCGUGGGGCGCACCCUCAGGACCUUGGACAUGAACGCGACCGACGAUAUCUGUCUGGGUUGCGAAGGAUUAUGAUGAGAUGAUACAGCUGCUGCAGUGACAGCGGUAAUGAAGUGUACUUGCUUUCGUGCUCACAUGCUAUGGUUUCUCUUCUCUUGCGCGGCAGCUGUGCCUUUCGUAUACUCUAUGUGCCCCGAAACUGGCGGGAAGUCGUUGGAAGAUAUUGAUCAAAUAUUUGCCAAACCAUCGAUGCACGAUUCCGCUGGGGCUAACGAGAGACCUGCGCAUGUCCGCCACGCUGACAUACCAGCGAAGGACCAGUCUCAAGCCGGAACUGAAGAGUGCAUUGAGCAGGUUCGAGAACGUUGAUCAGACCAUGCUUGAAGUGUGGAAAGGGGCAAGAUUCUCUAGCUGUUCUCCAGUGCGUCGCCAUCACCUGAGAAUUCCGUAUAUACCAGAAAAGAGAAUAGAAUACGUUCAACCACACCCGAGUCGACGGAGCUGGGGAGCCCACUUCUUCAAAGAAGGUUAACUCCCCGGAUUGUCUCCAUUCAGGUGACCCUGGCGCAAAGAUACCAAUUCGUGGGAGCGUUCCCGUCUCCAAUCUGGGCACUCAACUCACACUGCUAGCUGUCCACUAUGUACGAUCCACACCACAUCAAUAGAAAGGGUUCUUUGAAAGCUCCGUACGCUAAAGUAGAUGAAUAUUUUUAGGUACGGCGAC